AUGGGUUGUUGCCUCUGUAAAAGUCACAAAGAGCUCCACUUUCCCAUGACGGUGAUACAAGAGGUUCAUCCUUCAACCUCCGCCAAGGAUGAACGUGCUCCAUCAAAUGGAAGUGCAGCAGAUAAAAGCGACCACUACAACAUUGGCGAGCUGGCCACUUCUUCUCUGUUAGGUCUGGUGGCUACGAUAAAGGAGCACAUCACCAAGCCCACAGCCAUGGCUCAAGGGCGAGUGGCUCACCUUAUUGAGUGGAAGGGCUGGGGAGGUGGUGGCGAGGCCAGGGGAGGAGGAGGUGGGUGGAGUGGAGGUUGGGCUCGAGGAGGCGGAAGCUGGGGGCCUGAGGAAGAUCAACAAUUUUACUCCCAAAUGACAGAUGAGAUCAAGGAAGCUCGCUUUGCUGCUGGAGUAGCAGAGCAGUUUGCCUUGGCUGAGGCCGCCAUGAGUGUUUGGUCGAUGAACGACUGCUUCGAACAACCUUCGACCAGCUUCCAAGGGACACAGAGGAGCCACCUGUUGUCUUGUUUCCUGCUGGAUAACAGAAGUGUCAGUCCCCCCCAGUACGGGCAAAGCAUCCACGCUCAGACAUAUGGUGACAGCCAGCUCAGCAGCCUGGCCACCCCCAAUCCACCACCCAUGACCGGCAUUAGACAGCAGGAGAGGAAUUCUCCCGGCGAGGACAAAUGCAGUGCAGUCACUGCAGAGGCUGCUGUGCGACACAUAGACAGCAGCUCGCUGUCUGAGGAUGAUGUGUUUUAUAAUUAA